UGCUUAGGUGGCAGUCAGGUGUACACAUAUUCUAUAACCUGCUGGAAAUAAACCCAAACCAAACUGAACUGACCCACCACCAGUGUACAUGAAGGAUGAUGUUCAUUUAGACCAAAAUUCAUGCCCUCCUGUGAAUUUCUACCUGAAUUUGAGGCUUUGUUUCCUUCUGUAAUAGGGACAUAGAGAGGAUAUUGCAGGGGAGAACUGGUUAAGUGACUUUAUGGUGUUAAAGCCCUUUUGCCAUCCCUGUUGUGGCAGUAUCCAUGUGGCAUGGAUCCCCGCUGGUGAUGACAGGCUGUUGUGUGAAUUGUUUGGGUAACCAGGCAAGUUGUCAAAGUGGGACCAGGCCUGUAUGUCAAGAAUGUAUAUUGAAGCCAGGUCCUGUAAACACUCACUGAUCUAUGGAGUCUUGUUGCUAGGGCUUUGCACUGGAAUAAAGAGACACAUAUGAGUCCUUCUUUGAAGUCCUCAUGUGCUACUUGACUAUUUGGAAGCCAGGAGGAUGGUUGCGGAUAGAGUUUCCGUAGUUUGUGAGCUUCAGUCUCAGGAUUUUCAUUUAUAAAUAAAUUCACGUCUUUCCAUGGCUCGUUUUGGAGUGGAGCCAAGCAGAACUAUAUUGUUUAUGUGUGUAGAUUUUUGUGUCUCACACAAAGAUGCCUAUUGUUUACCCAGAAACUGUAAGAGGAAUGUUUUGCUAACAUUUAGUUAGCAAUAUAAACUGACAAACACAAGCGCAGACCAGAACUCAAAACAAAAAUAGCCCUUCUUGGAACAGAAAAACACAGCUGCCUGAAAACUGUUUUUCAAGAAAAACUAUGCACCUAUUGGUUCCAUGUUUCUUUUAAAACUCAGGUUCUGUCAUUUAUGUGCCUAUAAAACUUCAGUUGCCUGUAACUUUCACAGCAGCUUAGUCUCAUGCCCAUGUACCCUCUAAGCAAUGCUUAUUUUUCUAAGGAAGAUUGGCUGAAUUGUGAUUUUUUUUUUUAAAUUACAUUUGAAAUUUGUUUUUAGUUGGGUGUGUCGCUGUUACAUUUUCAAAUUCCUGAGCUGACUGGAAUGAAUUCCCCUCUCCAUUGUCAACAUGUGUCUUUUCCAUUAGGACUUGCUGCCUUCUCCUUGCUUUAAGAAACUUUCAGUGGCUUGAAAUACUGUGACCAAAAAAAUCCCUGUGUUUUAAAUAUUUUAUAUUUAAAAAAAAAAAAAAUUCCACAUCCUACAUGGAGAGUAGUUACAGAGCCCGUGGGGUCCUGCUUUUCAUGGUGGAGUGUAUUGAAUUAGUGGACCCUGAAUGCAAAUUUCCAGUCGUGAUAAUGCCCGUGAAUGACCUUUAAUCUCUCAGUUGUGCUGUUUCUGACUUCAUUCCGUGAUGACCAGCAUCUACCUACAGUCAAAUGAUUGAUACCUGUUUAAAAAAAAAAGAGUAAAUUGUUCUUAGAAGAGCCCAGAAGCGUUUGGUAUUUUAGAAGAAGGGAUCACAGCAGUUUGGCAACUCCAUGGCAGCAGGGUGUUUAAUUUUUAAUGCAAUGAUGGCAGUAGGUGUUCAUCAGACUGUACAGGUCCAGUGGAAGAAAGUCAGAAUUUCAGAAAUUGCACAUCUCCUAAUGCACACCAACAUCUCUUUUUUAGAAUUAUUAUUAAUAAUUCUAGCAUUUCUGUGCUGGUUUUUUCACCCUAUUUCUUAGCUUUAGUAUUGCUACCUGUCAUUCAUACACUCUUGCUUUCAUGACUAGUAGCAUAGAAUUAUAUUUUAAUAUCAUUGGUACCACCUUACAUUCAUUAUUUCUGCACUGCCUGAUCCUCUCUAAAUGAGUAUUUGUACCCGAUUUCAGUUUGAUGGGUCAUUGUAAGUGUUUACAGGUUAUCUUUUGUUUCCUUUUUUUCAGCUUUCUCCGCUGACAUACAGAAGAAUAUAUGCUGACUCUGCUACAACUCACAAGAAAGAUGGCACUCAGCCAGCAUUCCUGAGUCACAAGGAUGGGGCCAGAUGUACCUCUGCUCAACGAUUACAAACAGGAGUUCUUCUUGAAGCGCUUUCCUCAGACUGUGCUGGGAGGUCCCCGGCUCAAAUUAGGCUAUUGUGCCCCUCCCUACAUAUAUGUGAACCAGAUCAUUCUCUUUCUGACACCAUGGGUUUGGGGAGGAGUAGGAACACUCUUGUACCAGCUGGGAGUCAUGAAGGACUAUUGCACUGCAGCACUGUCGGGAGGACUGAUGUUUGUCACUGCACUUGCUCUCCAGAUGACAAAUCUACAUGCAAAGCAGAAAACAGUGACAGUAGAGAGAAUGCAAAUUCAGAAUACCCUGACAGAUGAAGAUGAGUUUGAAUUUUCCAGCUGUGUAGGUUCAGAGACAGUAAAAUUUAUUAUUCCUGGCAAGAAGUAUAUAAUCAACACUGUAUUUCAUUCCCUUCUGGCAGGGGUAUUGUGUGGGCUGGGAACUUGGUAUUUGCUGCCAAACAGAAUAACCUUGUUAUAUAGCAACAUUGGAGGAACUGUUGUGAUCUUUGUAUUUGGAUGGGUGACCAUAUGUAUAGGAGAGUAUUCAUUAAUCAUAAACACAGCUACUGAAACAGCCACUUUCCAAGCACUGGAUACUUAUGAAAUCACUGCUCUGAUGAGACCUUUCUACAUUUUUGUCUUUAUUGCAGUGGAUCUUGCACACAGGUUUGCUGUCAACGCACCCAUUCUAGAACAGACAAACCAGAUUUUGCACAUCCUAUUUCUUUUCCUGCCAUUCUUGUGGGCAAUGGGAAUUCUGCCCCCGCUUGACGCACUUUUUCUGUGGCUAAUGGAACAACUGUUGGAGUUUGGACUAGGAGGUUCACCUAUGUCAAGUAACACAAAGUUAUUAGUAAUGUUUCUCAUUUCUGCUGGAACAGCAAUAGCAUCGUAUUUCAUUCCCAGCACUCUCGGUGUGAUCCUCUUCAUGACUGGAUUUGGGUUCAUACUGAGUCUUAACCUAAGCGAGAUUGGUUUUGCCUUCAAACACACCAUGAUCAGCCAUUUAGCCUCCAGCAAACCUAAAAAUAUGCACAGAGGUCUUAGGAUGCAAUUUGGGUGGAGGGAAUUUAUUUUCUAUUUGACUGUGUUGACAUUUGCCCUCACGGAAGCGAGUCUGCUGCACCGAUUUGCAGGCUCUUCAUCAUUCUCCCAGGCCAGUCCUCAGGCCAUAGCAAGUUACAUUCUCAUCCUAUUACUUAUAAUUAUGUGGAUUCUUAGAGAGAUUCAGAGAGUGUACUUGUUUGGAGUCUUCCGAAACCCCUUUUACCCAAAGGAUGUCAGGACUGUGACUGUGUUCAUGGAGAAGCAAAGAAGGCUAAUGAAAGUUGGUGUUGUCAGGAGGAUUUUACUAACACUAGUGUCUCCGUUUGCUAUGAUAGCGUUCCUGUCACUAGACCGUUCGCUACAAAACCUUCAUUCUGUGUCUGUUUGCAUUGGAUUCACGAGAAUAUUUAGGAUGGUCUGGCAGAAUACAGAAAAUGCCUUACUGGACAUUGUGAUUGUGUCAAUAGCACAAAUGUUGGUGUUUAAUCCAGACCUCUGGUGGAACAGAAGCCUUGAUACAGGAAUCAGACUCUUGCUGGUUGGUCUCCUCCGGGAUCGCCUGCUCCAGUUUGUGUCCAAGCUGCAGUUUGCCUUGGCCAUUCUCUUGACGUCGUGGACGGAGAAGAAACAGCGCCGGAAAUCCACGGCCACCUUGAUCGCCCUCAACGUGGUUUUCUUCCCCAUCCUGCUGACCCUCAUCGCCAUCUCCGCCCUCCUUUCCUCGCCGUUGCUGCCGCUCUUCACGCUGCCCGUGUUCCUGGUCGGGUUUCCCAGGCCUGUCCGGAGCUGGCCGGGACCUGUGGGUGCCACAGCCUGUGUGUGCCCCGACACCGUGUACUACCAGCAGCUGGUGCCCAGCCUGGCUGUGGCCCUGCAGUCUGCACUGGCCACUGGGAGCCUGGGUCUCUCUCUGCCUGGAUCACAUUACUUGUGCCGCUUUCAGGACAGACUGAUGUGGAUAUUGGUGCUGGAAAAAGGCUUCACGUACUGUGGUGUUAACAUUAAGGGGCUAGAACUGCAGGAAACAUCCUGUCAUGCUGCUGAAGCUCACAGAGUUGACGAGAUUUUUGAAAUGGCCUUUGAACAUCAGGAGCGCACGAAGAUUCUCUCUCCCAAUCCCCAUUUUGGACACAUCCUGACUCCUUGUACUGUGGUACCUGUGCGGCUGUACUCCGAUGCCAGGAAUGUGUUAUCUGGAAUCAUUGACUCUCAUGAGAAUUUAAAGCACCUGAAAGAUGAUUUCAUUAAAGUGCUUGUGUGGAUGCUUGUCCAGCAUUGUUAUAAAAAAUCAAAGAUGUGGGAAAGCCCAGGCAGUGCCAACAAGAACAAACAAGGGUCAUUUCCAGAAAAUCAGCACAGCGGUGCAGCGGGAAGAUCCAGGGCUCCAAGGGAAGACGACAGCUUUAGUGUGGAUACAGUGGAGGACUGGACUGAUGAUAGUGACAUUUUUGAUUUUGAACCCAGUGGCAGAACAAAAGACAGAAAAGAACCUGGGCAGUUGGGACUGACACCAAAAGUGCACCUGUCUAUUCCAGGGUCUGUGGAAACACAGAGCCAAGACUUCACAGAAGAAAUGUCACCAGAAGAUAAAUUGUACAGGGCUGUGGUGCUUGGGCUGCCUGCUGUAGACAAAGGGAAACAGCCAGAAGUGUUGCCUCGGGUUGAAUUUAGUUGCUCUUACUCGGAGCUGUUGAGCAUCCCUGAGGAAUGGAGAACAGCGCCCGUGCCACCUUCCAAAGUCAGUGAGAUGAGGCAGAGAUUUCCAGAGGAAUGGUACCACUUCGUUCUGAGUCAGCUGGACUUUUUCCAUCUGAAAGAAAAGCCUUCCAAUUUACUUGCAGACCUCAUGGAAGAUAAAGCUUUGAAGGACUUGUACAUCCAGGGAGUGCUGUCGUGUUGCUUUGGUCUGUUUGGCCUGGAUAACGCUGUGCCUGCCCCGAGCCACGUGUUCAGGGCCUACACUGGGGGCAUUCCCUGGUCUGUGGGUUUGGACUGGCUAACAGGCAAACCAGAGCUAUUCCAGCUGGCAUUAAAAGCAUUCAGAUACACUUUUAAACUUAUGGUGGACAAAGCCAGCCUGGGUCCAGUGGAGAACUUUGAAGAGCUGGUGAAUUAUCUGGAGGAAUAUGACAGUGAUUGGUACAUUGGGCUGGUGUCAGACCUGGAGUGGCAGCAGGCAGUUCUGCAGGAGAAGCCAUAUCUUUUCUCACUGGGGCAUGACCCAAGCAUGGGAAUUUACACCGGGCGAGUCCUCACUCUUCAGGAAUUGCUGGUGCAGGUGGGAAAGCUGAAUGCUGAGGCUGUCCGAGGUCAGUGGGCCAACCUGUCCUGGGAGCUGCUCUAUGCCACCAACGAUGACGAGGAGCGGUACAGCAUCCAGGCACACCCGGUGCUGCUGCGCAACCUGACGGUGCAGGCUGCUGACCCGCCCCUGGGCUACCCCGUGUACUCCUCAGAGCUCCUGCAGCUCCCUCUGCUCUAGAAUGUCCUUUUCCUUUUUUAUUAUGACUGUUGUUAUUUUGUAUUUUUCACCUGCAUGUUGGGAAUCAAAUGCUCGUGCUCCAUUUGUGCACUACAGAUCAGGUUUUUCUCUCGGUGGCGGUGCCAGGUGGGCACAUGUCCUUGGCACAGAGAUGGUGCUGGGCAGAACCUUCAGCAAGCAGGAAGGUUGGAACUGUUUUCCUGCUGCUGGAAUGUGAGACACCAUUGCCUGUGUGGCUGACGAGCCAGAUGCUGAAAUUCUCUUCUCCAGUUUAGAGAGGAGCAGCACAAUUCUGAUCAUUAACUAUUUUUGGUGCAUUUUUACUUUUUUUUUUUUCUUGGACAGGUGACUUGCACUGCCAGUCAGGUUACAGCUCCCUGUAGUACUGUCUACCCUAGAGUUGGCAACCAAAGUGUACAUAGGACUAUUUAUAUGAGGGGUUUUUUAUUCUGGCCAUUUUUUAUUGGACUGAGUUCAGUUCUAGCAUUUGUUAUAUGACUUUCACUGAUCUUCUGUAGUUGUUGUGAGUUCUCAGCCAUGCUUUAACAAAAGUGAGUUCCAAGGGACAAUUUUUACAAAAGUAUUUGUUUUGGUAAAGAGAGUUUAUAUAAAACAGUGUGUGCUCUGACACACUGAUAACCUGUGUGACCUACUGAUGAAAGAAGUAAAUGUGUAUAAUUAGGAGAGUACAAAUGGAAUAAUUUUAUCUCCUUCUUCCAGUAUCCAUAUGUAUGAUAUAUAUUAUAUAUAUUAUGUUAUUUGCAACCUAUAUCCACCUCACUAACCAGUCUUCCACAAAUACAGUGAGAGCUUGAUGAUGGAGGGGGGGAGGUGGAAAUCCAACUGUCUAUGCCAGAAGUAAUUUAUUUUUUUUAACCUUACCACAGGUUGGAACAGACUUUGGCAGCUGGUUUGCAAUAUUAGUCUCCUUGAAAGCAGGUCUGGGUCCAGUCUCCAGUGGCUCAUUGAUCUGUUUACUACCACCACUUAUUACAUAAAUGUGCUUUCUCUGUAGGUCAGUAGUUACAAUGUAAGUACUGCUGGCAAAUGCUGAGCAGGGAGUAGGUAAUUAUAUUUCCUUAAGCUAUAGAAUGAAUUUAAAUCAGACCUGCUCCUUAACUGAAGUAGAACUGGUUUAGAACACCCAGGCUAGUCUGAUUUGGACUUUUUUACUUUUACUCCUCAUUGUUACAAAGCAGUGUACUUGGGUGCUGGCUAUUUCUUCUGAUCAGUGACUAUAAAUGAUUUUUAAAAACUAUGCACGUGGUGUAGUGGAAUUUCAAAGCAGUCAGGAGACACCUGUUUGGUGCCAUGUUUGGCCCUGAGCUGCAUCUGGAAAUUCAGAGUCAUGGAAAAGAUCUGGAAGGGGCUUGUAGAGAGAACCUAUUUCAGCUCCCUCAGAAGGAACUACCCUGGCAAAUGUUUACUCUGAUUUAAAACUUCCAAUACCAGGAGUGCCACGAACCCCUCAAGUAGUUCACUCCAGUUCUCUGCUGUUCUUGCAGCAAUUGGAAAGUUGGGAGUUAUUUCCUGAAUCCAAUUAACUGUCCCUGCCUCAUUGUAAACCUCUUAAUACUUGCCUUUCGUAUGGUCACAGAAAAUUUAAUGACCUUUUUUUUUUUGCAGCAGUCUUUUAUUCAGAGAUAGCUGUGAUUUCUGCCCUCAUUCUUUGUCUUUUGUAAACUGAAUAAAGUAGUUGAGAAGAAAAA